AUGCGAAAAUCAGCGAUCCUCGGUGUGGGUAAAUUCGACAGCGAUGGCGCCGAGGAGAUGGUGAUGGAUAUUUUUGAAAACACUUUCGUCAUCCCAGGAGGAAAAAGUAAUUUUGGGCCAUUUUUGAAGCAGCCGUAUACAACAUGGUGA